CUUUAAGCUGCAUUGUGUCUGUUCAGUGCUCUUCAUCUCAAAUUGCACCAUUCGCACUGAUUCACAAUGUCUUUGAACACCUCGCAGCUCAGUCUGAACUCCAUCAAAGCAGAGCAGGAAGUGGACAUAGAUGCCAUCAUGAACAACAUCAGUAUUGUCCUGUUCACGCUCACCAUUGUCCUGGGCAUUCCUGGAAACGCCAUGGUCAUUUGGGUGGCAGGAUUCAAACUUAAGUCUAAAGUCACAAACGUGUGGCUGGUGAACCUGGCCAUAGCAGACCUAAUCUUCUGCUUCACUCGGAUCUCCUCUCUCGUCAAAAAACUCUUCUUCGACCACUGGCCUUUUGGAGUCUUCGUCUGUAAAUUCAACGGCUUCUUCAAAUACACUAAUAUGUUCUGCUCUGUGUUCCUCCUGGCUGUGAUCAGUCUGGACCGAGCUCUCUGUAUUUGUAGACCGCUCUUCAUCAAAACUAAACGCACUGUUUGUGUGGCCCGUAUCGUCACUGUGUGUGUGUGGGCAUUCGCUUUUAUUUUCAGCACACCUUAUUUUAGGUAUCGCCAAGUUUACUUGGACAAAAACAACCUAAGUAAGUGCUCCUUGAACGUGAAAGAGUCUAAAGAUGGUGACAACAGCACCAAACUUGCUCUGUACUUAGUUCGUUUUCUAUGUGGCUUCUUGUUGCCAUUUUUGGUCAUUCUUAUUUGUUACAUCAUGGCUGGUGUAGGAAUCAAACGCACCCUCCUGUCACAGAAAUCCCGCCCACUCAGGAUACUCGUCACGCUUGUUGUCGCCUUCUUCCUGUGCUGGGCUCCAUACCACUGCCUCCUGCUGGGGAAAAUGGUGAACAGCAAGAACAUAGUGGUGAAGAUCUGGCAUCCCGUAGCGAGCGGAGUAGCAUAUUUUAACAGCUGUGUGAAUCCGAUACUGUACUAUUGCAUGGGAGUGUGUGCCGGGGGCAGGCAGGGGCGGAGUUUGGCGGAGGCAUACAAAAAGGCAUUGGGAGAGGAUGCAAAUGGGCCCACCUCUCAGUCUGUGGAGGGGACAGUGGAUGAAAGCAUAAGGUACCAAACCUGUGAAGACAUUAGAACACAGCAGCCCACAGAGGAGGUGGUUAAACUAUGAGUUAAAGAUGAUAUAUGGAUUGAGUGGUUAAUUUGUACAAAAUGUAUUCAGGUAUUUUUGUGUAUGAUUUUACCUGCAACAAUAUUCAAAGCUAAGAGUUUUUAGGUUUAUUUAUACAGUACUAUGGCUGAAUGGUUAGUGCAUAUGGGUAGCCUGGGAUCCAGAAUACAUACUUCUUAAAUACUUUACUAAGAUGUGAGUCUGGUCACCAGUCAAUCUCCCCAUUUUCAGAUGGGCAUGAUUGACAGGUGGAUUACCCAAUCAGGGACAUGCAUCUGUAUCGAAAAAAGUAAAGGAUUAAAAUACUGAGGAACAAUGUGGAUUUCUGCAGAAUCAGUAAGUGAAGCACUAAACUGUUCAUGAGGUGAGAGAAAUGUGAUUUUGUUUGUAAAUGUUGAGUCCCCAAUGAGCUCCUACAUUUCUCAUGUGUCACUGAACAAACGCAGUGGAGGGCGCUGGGACCAGAUUGAUGUUAAUCUGUAUAAAAUUACAGAUCAUUCUGGAUUUGCCAGGCAAACACAUGGCCCAUAGUUAAUGCAUUAUGCAAUAUUAAAUGUGCACUAUGUAACUUUUCUAAGGGUACAUCAUUUGUCUCCAUGGAGAUGUUAUUGCUUUGCAUUGAAUGUUAUACAGUACAGGAAUAAAGUUACCUAUUUCCAAGGACAUAUAUAUGCGAUGACUAGGCCAAGUUGCCCAAAACAAAUCAAACUGAUCAAAUCUGUUUGAUGUGUGAUAUUAAGCUUUAUCGAGAUAAUGUAAUGAACAGUAACGUAACUGUUGUUUAAUAAAAUGGAUGAAGAUCA